AUGUUAGCCAUAAUCUCAGCAGAUGAUGACAAUCCGGUGGCAACUGGCAAUGAAGCCAAUCAUCUGGCGACGUUACCAGAGGAGGAGGCGGUUGUCGCCAUGAUGGGUUUACCAAGAGCUGGUGACAUAACCAGAGCGCAACUCAGAAUUAAGGAGAGCAAAGAGUUCAAAAACACAGUAGAUAAAUUAGUACAAAGAGCAAACGCAUCAAUUAUCAUAGGCACUUCUUCGUGGAAGGAGCAGUUUUCGGAAGCGUUGACUGCCAGCUCAGGUUCCGACGACCCUGAUGAGCCACCUUCUUGUUCCGACUACAUUCUUCACAUAGUGACGCUCUUCUGGAAAAUUGUCUUCGCUCUUAUACCUCCCACUGACAUAGGUGGUGGUUACGUCUGUUUCAUCGUGUCAAUCAUCUGCAUUGGUCUGGUGACAGCUGUCAUAGGUGACGUGGCGUCGCACUUCGGCUGCACCCUUGGCAUUAAAGACUCCGUUACCGCCAUAGUAUUUGUGGCCUUGGGGACUAGUAUACCCGACACCUUCGCUAGCAAAGUUGCAGCCAUCCAAGAUAAGUACGCAGAUGCUUCAGUUGGCAACGUGACAGGAUCCAACGCAGUCAACGUGUUCUUGGGCAUCGGUGUUGCAUGGACUCUGGCCGCCGUCGUCCACUGGACCCGGGGGGAUAAAUUCCUCAUCGAUCCUGGAAACUUAGCCUUCAGCGUGACAAUGUACUGCUCUGAAGCGUUGCUAGCAGUACUGGUCCUCGUUCUUCGAAGACGGAAGAGCAUUGGUGGCGAGCUCGGUGGUCCGCGUCGCAUCAAGAUUAUCACUUCUAUGUUUUUCUUCUCUCUCUGGCUGGUUUACCUCUCCAUGUCCAGUUUGGAAGCCUAUGAUGUCAUCAAAUUCUAA